UGGAGCGCAACAAGACGCGUUGGAGAGACUCACCAAGCGGACGGAAAAAGUGCCAGUUUCUGAGCUGUCUGUAAGUCACUUUCAGCGACAGUCGACAGAUUUUGCUUCGCCAGUAGGUGGACAUUGAGUUUUCCUAAGCGUGCGUAAACUGACUGGAAAGGUCUAGGAAAGAAAAUAGUCUUGGAGUGACCAGCAGCUACCAAAGAACGGGAGGAAAGGAGGAGUAAAAAAGCGCUCGAAGGAGGGACGAGUCCUCGUUGGACAGAAAUGUACUCUGUCUUAUUAUUUCAUACUCAUUUGGACAUUUUAUGUGUUUUGGGGGAAGAGUCGCUGGUGUGCGUUGCGUAAAACCCCCAGACUGCUUUCAUGUCUCAUUCCGUUAGGAGGAACAGUUACUUAUCUCCAAGGAAAGUGUGAGCGGAGCUGAGAUUUCUCAAAGAAGGAGGCACUGGGCUAAAACUGAGAAGCAGACACUGAACAGUUACGAACCAUGGUGAAGUUUCAUAACUCGGACCUAUGGAUAGCCUGGAUGGUCAUUUUCUGCAUGGAGGGUUCAAGGUUUGAUCUACAAACAGGGAAAGUGUACGUGCGGGCGCUGGAUGUGACGGUGUCCCAAAGCAGUAUCCAGGUGGCCCGCGGCCAAGCAGCCGUCCUGCCCUGCUCCUUCACCACCAGCGCUGCCCUCAACAACCUCAACAUCAUCUGGAUGGUGAUACCACUGUCCAAUGCCAACCAGCCAGAACAGGUGAUUAUUUACCAGGGCGGCCAGGUAUUCAGCCUCGCCAACCACCUCAAUGGCCGUGUGGGCUUCGUGGCUACCAUGCCAAGUACAAGUGCCUCCAUCUUCAUCAACAACACCCAGCUGUCUGACACUGGGACCUACCAGUGCCUGGUCAACAACCUCCCAGACAGAGGGGGGCGCAACAUCGGUGUCAUUGGGCUCACCGUGUUGGUGCCCCCCUCGGUGCCAGCAUGUCGAAUCCAGGGCACUCUGGAUGUAGGCAGUGACAUCAUGCUGAUCUGCAGCUCAGAGGAAGGCAUCCCGACGCCGUCCUACUCCUGGGAGAAGCUGGACGCGCUGCCCAAGCUGCCGCACAACGCCAUGCAAGAUCAGAUGCAGGGCACUGUAACAUUGAGAAACAUCAGCACCAGCACCUCAGGACUCUACCAGUGUACCUCCAGCAAUGCCAUCGGCAAGAGCACCUGUCUGCUCAACCUGCAGGUCGUAGCACCCCAGCCUCAGAGUGUGGGUCUGAUAGCGGGCACCAUCGCUACAGGAGUCCUAGCUGUCAUCAUCUGUUCCCUGUUAGUGGUGGUCACACUCUUCUACUGGAAGAACAAGAACAAAUACGACGAGGAGGAGAUCCCCAAUGAGAUCAGAGAAGAUGACCUUCCUCCCAAGAGGUCAUCAUCAGUGAAGGCUUUCCAUGCAGACGCUUCAUCCUCAGAGAACGACACGCUGACGUCCACCAACACCUACAACAGCCGCUACUGGCACAACCCCAAACCCAACUACGACACCAACUCCUACACCCGCUACAAUGGAGACACUCGUCAGACCUUCUCCACCGCUGCUCACGCUGCACAUGGACACGGACAGGCCCAGAACGCAGGCCACGGCCACAGUACAGUGGUCACAGCACCAGGCUCAGCUCCGCUGUCCCGCCAUGCACAGCCCACAACAGCAACAACGACAGCGUUCGCCAACGGCAGCCACACACUCCCACCACCCAAGACUCUGGUGGUCACCACAAACUCUGCCCCGUCCCCUCCCGCCAUGGUGCGCAGCAACGGCUCUGUGAGCCUCAAACCAGUGGUGACUUCCACACACGGGCAGCACACGCACUCCUACGCCGUGAGCCAGGCCACGCUGGAGAGGAUGGGGGCGGUGCCUGUCAUGGUGCCAGCCCAGAGCAGAGCUGGCUCGCUGGUGUGAAAUCCCAUUUGGUAAACUGUUAGCUUUGAAAACAAGACUAAAAACAUGCUUGUUUUCUUGUGAUGUUUGGAACCCACUGAUGAAGAACAGACCGAAUAUGGGCUGAAGCAGCCCGCUGCCCUUUACGACUUCGUCACAACCUCUUUAUCUCAAAACAAACUUGGAUUCACAGUACAGAGUUCAUUUAAUGCCAAUUCCCUGAUGGACGGGACCCUUUAUUUUGUAGAUGAGCAUUACAUGGAAUCUGAUCAUCCCCUUAUUGGAUGGAUUUUCCUGGCUGGUGUGGUGGGAACGAUUUUUCAACCAUUUUAAUUUCGCAAAAGUGGAGGGAAAUUUCCUGCAGAACCUGGAUUCCCACAUCUUCUUCAGGGCUGGAUCAUUGUGAUGAUUGUGGGUUUUUGUUUUUCUUUUUGUUCAGACUCAAAGCAACACAAGGCAUUUUCAUCUCAAUGUGUCCACACUGCACGGUCAGACAGAAGCAAGCUCGGAUUCCCACAUAAAUGCAUGUGUCUGUUGUUUUAGGAUAACAAAUUAAGUCCGUAUUGUUUCCAAUAAUUUCAUUGUCACAGUUGUAAUUUUGGUUGAUAGUUGUGAUGAGGGUUAUGCAUUGAAACAGUGAAUGUUUAAACGUCUGUUGGGAGGAACCUAAAGAAUAAAAGGGUGUUGGGAGAAAUGGCCUUAGAAGCAUAUAGAGAGAGGGGUUUUAUGGGUGCAAUACAUUGCAUAAUAUACUUUAAUUCAUUGAAUGCAAACAUUUUAAUUACGUUUUUGCACUUUUCAGAGCAUUUUUAUAUCAAAACUGCUGUCUUACAAACAAUAACUCAGUCUUACUAAUUACAAGCUUUACCCAAACAACAUAUAUCAAAACUCUGCACAUACAGAAUACUGAUGAUAUUUGAAGAUAGCACAAGCACUGGAUUUUCACAACAGAAAGCUACUGUCCCCCGAUUUAAACUUGAACCUGCUGAUGGAUGGUGUCGUAGUCUUCGCUGUGUUCAUCCUCUCUGUUGUCCUGAUCUGGUUGAUGUCACAUCAGUGCUGCUUUCAGAAGUCGUGGGUAAGAGGAUGUCUUAUUUCAUAAAUGCUUUAUAAAGAGACAAAUAUAUAUUUAAAGGUGAUUUUUUUUUUCUCCCCUUGACAAAGUCUAACACCUAUUGUUUUUUUUUUUACUGUACAUAUUGUAACUACAACAGUAGGCUAGAUUGUGAAUCAAAGAAAAUACAUGUCUGACUGAUACAUAUUCUACAACUCAUGUGUCUUAACUUUAAAACGCUUCUUUUUGUUACAUUAGACGACAAACUGGAUUUGAUAGUCUGUUAUUGGUUUAAAAUGAAGGGAUGCUUUUUUUUUAAUGUUUUCAUUUUCUAAUGGUUAUUGCCAUUUCAUUACGAGGUCUGAGGUAAAUACAGUAUGGUUUAAUAUGAAUGGCCAUAUGUGUUACGAUUAAUAAUAGACACCCAUGCUGUAUAUGGUAGUAUCACUGUGUUUCUGACCUGCUGUAUUUGUAUUUUAACCAAAUUUCACCACUCUCUGACAAAACUGUUACAGUGUUCCCAAAUUAGCAAUCAUUUCUCAUUGUGCAUUUAUGCGCAAUACUAAUAAUUUCUAGUAGCUAUGAUGCAAUACUUCAUACGGCAAUUAUUUGUGUGUUACAUGCUGUAUUGAAAGGUGUUUUAUUCUUUGAAAGCAAUUCCUCUUUAUGUCUAAUAUGAGUUUUAAUUAAAUGUGCUGUUUUGGCAUUUCGAGUCUUACAGAGACAAAUUUGUGUGCUAACAUUACAAAAAGUGCUCAAACACAUAUAAUCUCAUGAUUUAUUGUGGAAACUUUAUUUUUCUCUUCUUUUCUUUUUUUUUUUACAUUUAUAUUAUUUAGUUCAUACCAGACAACUUCACUGACUUUACAGAGUACUUUUUUAAUGUAGGGACUGCUACAUUUAUAUGUCUUCAGGUUGUUUCCUAGAAGGUGUUAUAUUACACUCAAAAUAUUAAUGAUUAAAUUAGAAAAUUAAAAUUUAAAAAAAGGGAGGGUUGGCAGCGAGUGUAGAGUGGAAUUAGCUUAAAGGAGAAGUCCGGUAUUUUGCACUUUGAGCCCCAUUUCUGGGUUGAUUUUGAUAAAAUGGAG